CAACAAAAACCCUCUCUAAAGCAGUACUGUAACUAUUGCUCUGUUUGACUGCUACCUCCACCAACGAGGGAGCCUCCUACUUCCUCUCCCCUCCCUAAAGGGAAGGAAAUAAUUCGGUUACAAAAAUCCCAAGGAUGGAGGAAUUUAGGAACCUUUUUAAGACCAUCUUACUGUGAAAGCUGCUGUCGCAAAGCAAUAAACAUUUAAUAAGGAGAGAAUGGAUGGAGAAGAGAAAACAUACGGUGGGUGUGAGGGCCCUGAUGCUAUGUAUGUGAAGUUGAUAUCCUCUGAUGGUCAUGAGUUUAUUGUAAAAAGAGAGCAUGCGUUAACAUCAGGAACAAUAAAAGCUAUGUUGAGUGGUCCAGGUCAGUUUGCUGAAAAUGAAACAAAUGAGGUGAAUUUUAGAGAGAUUCCAUCCCAUGUUCUAUCCAAAGUAUGCAUGUAUUUCACCUACAAGGUUCGCUACACUAACAGCUCCACGGAGAUUCCUGAAUUCCCAAUUGCACCUGAAAUUGCACUGGAACUGCUGAUGGCUGCAAACUUCUUAGAUUGUUAAAUAAAAUAAAUUAUAAUAAAAAUGUAAAACUUUUUUCAGUAUUUAAUACCUGUAGUUCAGUUAGUAACUUUUUUCAUAUAGCAUGCUGCGUGUGUGCGGUUGAGAACUGUAAAGUUCACUGCAGAGGCAAUUAUCUUCAAAUCUGUUGCAUAGCAAUCAUUCAAGUUUAUAUUUGUUUUGCUGCUUACACAAAUAAGGCCCUUUUCCCAAACAGACAAAUAAAUAAAUAUGCCAAUUAGUAGAUGGUUAUGCCUUAACCUUUAGGUGUGGCAGAACUUUAUCUUUUAAUGCAAUGAUCAUUUUAAAAUACUGGAGUUUAAGCCAAUGCUACUUAAAAGCUAAUAUUAGCUAAAUGUGUAGGUCUUUAGCAUUUCUAACUUUCUCUUAUUGUUGCAAUUUCUAAACCUCUGAACUGUAUCACCUUACAGGGUAAUUGUCCCUUUAGCAUAGUUAUAACUUCAGUUAUAUCAGCACUUGCAUUAUAAAUCCCCUUUUUCAAGGAUUUGUAAACUGGCAUAAACAUUCACGUUGGACUGAAAACAGUAUCAAGGAUAAUUUUUAUGGUUGUUUUUUUUAAUUAAAGUUUAGCUAUGUUUUUAGAAAUGAACAAGUAUACCUGAUUUAUUUUUCAGUCAUAACUUAACUCACCCCUUUGAACAAUUUAAAAUGUUCAGGUCACUUGUCUAAUAAAAAUGCAGCUCUUCUGAUAGUGGAAUUAGAAUUAAAGAGCCAUGUUAUUAACUAAUGCUAACUAGUGUAUGUAUACUCCCCUCUUCUGUUCUAUAUAAAAUGUAAGUUUAUUCAUAAUGUACUGUCACUUGACCUAAUAUACAAGAUUUAUAAUAGCUAUAAUGGCUCCUUUCCACUGUUUGUGAUCAGUUAUGUAAACUCUGUAUUUACUCUUAGAUCAAAGCCUUUGAAACUUCCUAAAUAUGGCUACCAAAGAGGAAGUUCUUUUCCCUCUUUUUUUUUUUCCCUCUCCCCUGCCUCCCCAUUGUUAUUCCAAAGAAAAGCUGAAUAUUGGUGGCCCUUUUGUUCUUCAUUGAAGUAAAGGGGUAUUAAACAGAUGUUUGAGAAUAUUUCAUAGAUUUCUUAAAUACGUCCAAUGUUUAUAUUAAGAUUUUAAGGGGAAAGGAUUGGCAAGCCAACGAUAUUAACUCAUUUUUGAAUGGAACAUGUAAUUGUCCUUUGUUCAAUUCCUGCUGGUAAUUGCCUGUUAUACUCGUUCUUCUCUCAUGUCACAAAACAAGAUUCCAUAAAACAAACAUGGUGAACAAUGUGACAAUAAGUUGCUUUCUUUAAGAGGCAGGCUGGAGAUUUUUACUACCAAAAUAAUUCUUAGAAGAGGAUGAUAAAUCUAACUUCACCAGUAAGAUGCAAUAGCUAUUGUAUUCUUGUCAUUAUUUUGUGCUUUGGGUGUUGAUAUGAGACAUUAAGCUGAAGCUAAAAUGGCUUUGAGCAGCCAGGAAAUGCAGUAGUGUUCGAGAAUGCACUGCGCAGAAUGUUCUUGCUGUUAAGAAAAUUAACCUAUAAAUAAAAGGGGGGGAGGAGUGGGGAAGCUAGUGCAAUUUACUUGAUAGUGAGAUCGGUAUGAUAAUAGACAAAUGGAAACCUGCAACACUUACUCCCUGAGUUCUAAAUAAAUUUCAUAAUGGAAAAUUUUUAAAA